ACACACAGCAGUGCAGGCAUGGAUAGUUAGCGCUGGGCUGCUGUACCCAGGCCGGGCGGGGUGUCAGCUCUGAUGUUGCUACCGGAGGCGGUUGCCUAGCAACAAGUGACUCGGCGUCGCUGUGGCCCGCGAUGUGUUUCUGGUCUCACCGCCGGCCCUCACUAACUACCCCGACCGGUAGCCGUGUCCCGUUUUCUCACAUUUGGAAUAGGACAGGGUAAAAAACUGGAGCGUGCAUACCUGCAAAAAGCUGUUUUCACAGCAAUUUUCAAGAAAAAUUGAUGCAAUUUUGUGACUAAUUGGACACCGCCUAUGGUUUGAUGAGUUCAGUGUGGAAGAACUUGACUGGCAUGCACAAAACCCUGACCUCAACCCCAUUGAGUACCUAUGGGAUGAACUAGAACGUAGAUUGUGAGCAAGGCCUACUCGUCCAACAACAGUGCAUUACCUCAUAAAUGCUCUACAGAAUGAAUGGGCACAAAUUCCCACAGAAACACUCCAAAAUCUUAUGGAAAGCCUUCCAAAAAAAAGUGGAAGCUGCUAUAGCUGCAAAAGUUCCUUUUUAAGCUGAGAUAGAAGGGCCUUGUGCAGUGACCAUGAGCAGCGAUUUUGUUAUAUUCCCUCCUGGAAAGAGUGGGAAUUCUGUCAGACUGAAAGCAAAGAAUAUCAAAGAGCUUCGUAUGGAAACGAUACAACUUGAGAGGCAAAACCAGGAAAUGGAGCAGAGGUUGAACCAGUUGCGUCAGAGCAUGAGCAGAGAGAAAGAGGAAAGAGAACGAUCAAAUGCAUAUCACUGGAAAUCUGGGCAGGUUGGAAAUCAAGGUCAAAAUCACGAUAAAGAGAAUGCUGGAAAGAUCUCGUCUGGAAAAAUAAAGCUGAAGGUCCUGAAAACUCUGGAUCCAGAGCCUGUGAAACAGAAGACAUUUUCAAGGACUACUGAUAUCACUGCCACAGAGAAGCCAAAAUUAAGAGGCAAAGCAUGUGGGCAGUGUGAAAGUAAAAGUGCAUUACUGAUGUGUUUGGAGUGUGGAGAGAAUUACUGUGCUGCAUGUUUUGCUAAAAUCCACCAGAAGGGGGCAUUGAAGCUACACAGAACUUUGCCUAUUCAGGGAAAAUCUCAAGAUGGUAAAUUAGAUGCUUUCAGAAAAGAAGUGAAUGUUGAUGAGCCAAGUGGAAAACUUGAUAAAGGCAAAGAGAUUACUGACAACAUGGCUUCAACUGGUGUUUCUUCCUUUAAUGAGAAGCAUAGCGCCAGCGGAGAGGCUUUUAUCUCAGUGCCAACGAAAUCAUAUAUGUCUGAUACUACUGGUUCACUUCUGCAUGGAACCUUCAAUGAAGAGGAAUCUGCUAAAUAUUUUAAUGAUGCUUUAUUGGAAUGGAGAGAUGGAAUCAGUCAAAAACCACAGCACCACCUACAUGCAGAUGCAGAUGGUAUUGGUAAUUCCGAGGCUCAAACUGUCCUGACUAUGCUGGCAAAACCAUGUGACAUUGAGUUUAAAGAGAACGGCUUAAGCUACAUGGACAAGCUGAUCUUAAAAAAAUACAGAAGGACUCCUGUAAAUCUAGUCCCUAGUAAACACCUAGAUAAAGUAAGAUAUUCUCCCACCAUAUCGGAGACUGAAAUGGAUGAGUGCAAUCAUUUGACAGCCGAAGAAAUGGAAGCUCAUGAACAUUAUGUGGCUUUAUUCAGCACAAAGGAACAGGUCACGAAUGACAUGCGGCAUGAACCUGCUUUAAAAAUGAUAGAAGUGGAUAAGGGGACAGAAGAAGAACUUGAAGAAUCUAGCCUUUUUUUGGUGACAGAGGUUGAGUCCAAUGAAACGAAAAGUCAACAAAGUCUUUCAGAACCCAAGAAACAUUACAUGGUUUCUGCUAAAGUAUCCUCUAAAUCACCAGUACAAUCAUUGGAGAAGCAUUGCAGCGUUCCCCUACUAUAUGCUAAUGGUCUUGCCAAAGAAGGUGCUGUAAAGUCAUCUCAAGAUAACAAUAUUUGUGUGAAAGAUCAUCUUCUUACAGCAUCACAUUUGGAAGACAGCAAAUCAAUACAGUACAAAAGCUUUAAGGACAGACAGAGCUUGGAUACAGCUUUAAUGGUAAACGUGCCCCAGCAAUUUGAGAGCAUUGUCCUCAGAGAAAGAAACACAGUUUCAGAAUACCAUGGAUUGAAAGGAUUUUUUAUUUUGGAAACUGACCACACUGAGGUGGAAAGUGACCAAUGCCCACUAAGUAGGCCUGAUCCAAGUGCCCUAGAUGAGGAGAUCACCUAUACAGGGCAUAACUACUGGAAACCAGACAGCAGUUUAACUGAUCAUGCAGAUGAUGCUGUUGUUGAAGAUAUUGUAGCACAGGCUAAAUGCAGCAAUCAUUUUAUAGAACACAGCCUCAGUCCCAGAUAUUUCAAACAAACAAAGACUGGUAGUUGGUCUGGGAGAGCUUAUUCUGCAUUAUCCAUGCACCGAAUAUCUGGGUCUCACAGCACCUCAAGACCUAGCACUGCAGCAGCACGACCACUGUCUAGAGCAGCCUCAGAGAUCUCAGAAAUAGAGCUAAUCGACUCAAAGGACAAAGAUGACCUCCUCUUAGAGGAUGAAAAUGAUAAAGAAGCGCUGGCUGUCUUGGAAAAAGAAUUCAUUGAUUUACACUCAGGUGAUAAGAAAGUGCAAAUCCCAAUUCCUAAUGAUGGGUCUUUUCUGGUGACAAGGCAUGCCAAAAGAGUAACAGUAUCUGAAGAACAAGCAUCUAUAAAAAGAUCACUGGGGUAUACUCUGCAAAGCCGUGCUGAAGAAAGUGAAUCAGAUGAAGAAGACACCCUACAGGACAAACUUAAUGUAUUGUCACUUCAAUAGCGCUCGGCACCACAGUGCAGGGAGAAUGACACAUGCUGUCCAUUUUACAUACUAGAUCAUUGGUAUAACUGGGCAUCUGAACAUGUUUCUUUAGUCGUUUAUACACUUUUCUCAUGUGUGUUGUUUCGUAGACAUCAUUAAUGGAUUUCACUUAUUAAAUUUUAAGUGGUGUCAUAGUGAAAAAUACAAUCAUACAUUAUUUUUGAAGGUCCAGGACAUCAAGAAGUAAAAUGUGAUACAAUGAUCCUCAUUUAUGAAGAACCGUCCCUUUUAUUAAAUAAACGUUUCUGGUUUUCUCCUAAAAUACUGUUCGAUGAUUUAAGUAAAGGAACAUCAGGACUGCCUUUAUUUAUUUUG